CUUUUAAGUGAAUUUACUUUUCAUGAUUCUGGUUGUUCUUGGAUCAGGUACAGAUUAUGCAGAGACCAAUACUCUUGUUAUUUUCCUAUUUGUAGACUAGGAUUUGGAAGCUUGGAGGAAGGGAAGCGACGUAUCCAAGUUCACCCAACUAAGUGGGAAAGCUGGAACUUAAAUCAGAUCUUCAGACUCUUGAGUCUUGCUCCUAACUUAAGUUAUAUUGUCUAAAAUGGUUUUACUCUGAUUAUAAAAAAUUUUAUUCACUGCUGCAGGUGCAGUUUACGCACAAGAAUUCUAUGUGAAAUUAAUCGAAAGCUUUAGUUAAUCUGUUCUAAUCCCCAUAACAGGGUGAAUGCUAUUUAGUUAUAUAAGUAUAUUGCUCAUACCUUUGUUUAAUCAUUCACUUAAUCUUGACUUUACUGGGCAUCUAUUUAAUAAUUUUUCUGUUCACUAGACUGAGAGAGUAGACACUAUGUAACCACUGCCUGUAGCCUUCUGAGCAGUCAGCAGUGUUUGGUGCAUUACAUAGUAGGGCUUAGUAAAUAUUUGAAAUCAAUCAAAGGACUUGUGCAAAGUCAUGGUUAGUAAGAGCAAUGAGUGCUAGGACUAGAAGCCCAGUCAUCCAACCAAACUCCCCCAAUGUCACAGGAAGAACUUUCUCUGUCAUAUACACUCAUUAAUGUCAUCCAGUGUGUGCGUUUACAGGACCUGGUCUGUGCCUGGUGCAGGGCCGGGCGCUGGGGGCACGCCGGGGGCGCAGGCAGGCGGGGGACUAAAACACCUGCAGAGUAGAUUGGCGAGAUCCGGCAGGACUGGCCGGCUGCCUUCCUCCAGAUCCUGGUUGGGCACCCUUAGAUGUAAGCACUAGGGGAGAUUUUAAAGACUGCGGUCAGCCCUCCGUACCUGCAGGGUCUGCAUCCAUGGGUUCGACCAGCCACAGAUGGAAAAUAUUGGGGGGGAGGUUAUGUUGUUGCUAAUACGUACCACACAGUUGGGCCUAUUGUGGUUAGUGGUUGUGUCUGUUCUGAGCCCAUACGGACUUUUUUCCUGUCAUUCCCUGAGCAACACAGUAACAACCAGUGGCAUAGCAUUUACACUGUAUUAGGCAUUAUACAUAAUCUAGAGGUGAUGUAAAGUAAACAGGAGGAUGUGCAUAGGUGAUAUGCACAUACUGUACCAUUUAGUAUGAGGGACUUGAGCACAUGCAGGUUUCAGUAUUCUCAGGGUUCCUGGAACCAGCCCCCUGCAGAUACCAAGGGCGGCUGUGUAAAACCCUGUCCCUGUCUGGAAGGGAGUCUUUGCUUUAAGCUAGGAAAGAGGAAAAAGUACAGAUUAAAAUGACCACAGCACUCAAAGAAUUCUUAGAAAAGAAUGUGUACUUCAAUGUAACUUAUAUCUCAGUAAGAACGCUUAAUGGAAGCAGGAAGAACAUAACAGAGGCUUCAACCUACUACCCAUUGAGUUUGGAAAGCAUGAUACCAACAAGAACAAUACGUGCAGGUGAAGUUUGUCUGUAUUCGGACCCAGUCAAACCGGAGGAGGACACCAGGGGCGGACAUGUGCCCGGCGUACCUGCUCCUGCGGUACAGUGAGAAGCUGGACAGGCUGUUUAUCAGUGAACUCAACACCCAGCACAUACAUGUGGACUGCAGAAUUGCGGAUCCCGGAGGAGACGCGGCUGGCAAGUCUCCAAAGACGGUGUGCUUGCAGAAACCGGAGCCUGAGCGGCCCGCAUUCAAGGAAGACCUGGACGUGGCUGAGAAGCCCCUGGUCGAGCCAUCACUUUGCUCAGAUAAGAUCCAAGCAACCCCGCAGCCACAGCAGGAGGGUAUCACCCCUUCUGACCUGGCCAAGAUAGCAAAAGUGAUGAAGAACUUUCUUAAGGUGGAUGAGGGUUCCAUGGCCUCCCUCAGUGUGGGCAACAGCCAGGACCUGGACCGGCUCAGCUUCCAGAGCAGCAGGAUGGGCAGCCUGUUCACCCGCUUCCCAGAAAGUCUCCUGCUGCACCGGGUGGAGAACGCCCGGGGCCACACUCUCUAUGCUUUCCUGGUGGAGAACAAGGAGCGCGAGGGCCGAGUGGUGCACUUCUCUGUGCUCAAGGCCGAGACAGCCACGUCUGUGGCCAAGAUGCUGAGCAUCUUCACCGAGUUCAACUCAGACUGGCCCAAGAUCAAGGUGGUCUUUGUGGACCCGUCCUUCCCUCACCGAGCUGUCCUGCAGGAGGUCUUCCCCGCGGCCCGCGUCCUCCUCUCCAUCUACCACACGACCCGCCUCCUGGAGAAGAAGUUGCAUCGCAGUUCAGCAAACUCGUCCUUUAAAAGUCUCAUGAAGGAAGCCCUGCGGGAGGCUGUGUUUGUCACCUCGGACGCCAGCCUGCAGAGUCUCUGUCAGAUGUCCCAGGCCCUCCUGGACGAGGAGCUCUUCGGCUUCCUGCAGGCCCACUGGUUCUCCUGCGAGCUGCUGUGGUACAUGCACGUCAGGAAGGGCCUGCACGCGUGCAGCACCUACAUGGACAGCCUGGACAUCGUCACCAGCAAGGUGUCGAGCCUCUUCCGGGAGCCGCGGUCGCUGCUGGACUGCAUCCUCCGCUUUGUGGACUACAUAGACUUCUUCAACACCAAAGGCGUGAAGAACUUGCCCACAGCUCCCCCCAGGUUAAAGAGAGUGCGGCCAGCAAGCUCGCUCCCAAAAUCCAAGAAGCCUUUUGGAAUCUGUGGCGGGAUCCCUGCGGAGGAGGUCCCACAGCAGGCGCCGUUGCGGCAGCAGCCACAGGGGCAGCCCUCCAACUGCGGCAUGCUGGACUCCCUGCGCCAGAGUGGUUUCGAACUGGCCUACAAGCUGUGCUACAACGAAUGGGAGGUGGUACAGAACUCCACGCACCUGGUGGAUGUGGGUGACUCCUCCGUGGACGUGCAGCUGCUAGAGGACUCCCACCAGGUUAGCAAAGAUGGCUGUAGCUGCAGCUGCUCCUUUCAACAAUGGCACCACCUGCCAUGCCGGCACAUUCUGGCCCUGCUGCACACCAGCCAGAAGCCCGUGGGUGAAACCAUGGUCUGCCGCCGGUGGCAAAAGAGGUACCAGCACCUCCUUGGGCCUGGUGGGGAGCUCCGGGACCCUGUUGGGGUCCCAAACACAGGCCAGCCUGGGAAGCAAGGGCGGAAGGACAUGAUUCAGGACCUAAGCAGGGAGCUAGCAAACCUGCUAAUGCAGAGUGAGGGGCCAGAGCUGGAGGAGCGCUUUUCCACCCUGCGCAAGAUUGUGGACAUCUGGGCUGACCCCUGCCAGCUGUCGGAGCCCACCCAGCAGCCGGGGGACUUCAAGGAUGUGGGCCGCCUCCCUUUUCUCUGGGGAAAGCAGGAGGAAGUGGAGGGACUCCCUCGUGCCGGAGCCACGAUUCAUGAUUGAAGCACUUGCUCUGAUGCACUGGACCGCAGACCUCUCUCCCUGCAAGUCCGAGAGCUCAGAGGAGGCAGGACUCACCAGGAGUCAGCGUUUUAUCCACUGUCUUCUUAGGUAGGGCUAGGAAGAUUGUUAAAACAGGGAGAAGAGGAGCCCCGUUGUUUGACAGUCCUGUGAAUCACUCCCUUUUCUGCCCUACCUUUGGCAUUCCUCAAGCCUCAUUCAUUGUUCAAGGCCAAAGUCGUUUCCAUGUUGAAGGGUCACGCCUCUCUCCCCCCUCAUUCCUGAGAUCAGAUCCUACUCACUGUACAGAGAUGAACCUGAGGCCCAGGAUAGGGUGAGACAAAAUAGACCUGGUGAAAUUAGGCCUGUUUUCAGGGACAGAGGGAAGGAGCGUGGUCCUUGAUUGUUGCUGCUCUUUACAAAGAAUCUGUUAUUUGUGUCUAUUUUUAUUCCUAUUAAAGGUUUGGUGUGUUUUUUUUUUAAUAAAAUCAAACAAGCAGGGGAAA